AAUGUUCACCUUCCCUUGUUGGUCUGAAAUUUGUGUUACUGAAGUUAGAUUGACUUGAGUGGACAGCGCCAGCUUCAAGUACCUUCACGAGUGAAAUCUUAAAAGUUAAGCUGGCUUUGGAUAGUCAAGAGAAGUUUCAACAUCUAUAACAUUGGAAGGCAGUUCUUUAUGUCAUACAGGACGAACUCAUCUCUUCCAGCUUCCCAGAUGUACUACCCAGGCCUGCCAGCCAAUGGCGGCCAAGGUGCGGAGAAACCGGGGAUCUACGUCCCUGCCCAAAGCCCUUAUGCCCAGAGCCCCACAGCCUACCCGCAGGCAGCCAUGCCUCCCCCAGGGCUGACCACCCGCUACGCAGCCUCUCCUCAAGCCUACGCAGUAGUCUCCAACGCCGGCCUGACAGGCUACAGCAGUGUGUCCCCCUCCUACCCAUCCCUUGCAGCCUACUCCAGCAUGCCAGGUAUCCCCACUUCUUCCCCUGCCUACAUCUCGGCAGGACAGUACCCGGCGGGCGUCACCUACGCCCAGACAGCCCUGGGGCCCCGAAGUAUGCCCCCAUCCCCGUACGGAGGCCCUCCGCUCCAGGCGGGCGCCCCUCUCAUCGCGGGCUACUCCACAGUGCCAGGUGCUAUCCCAGCCCAGGCUACGGCCAGAUCUUACCCUGUCGGUACUAUGGCAGCCUAUCCCCCGGGCUACCCCCACCCUGCGGCCGGUUCCGCACCCAUACCGUACCACGGUGCUGCCGCUUUCGGCCCGCCUUACUAGCAGAUGAUCAUGACCACUGCACAAUAAAUGGUUUAUUGAGAUUGGGGGAAAUGUUGAAGAAAAAAUUAUUUGGGAGAGCACCUGCGUACUGUGAAGAACUCGUUGUGGUUUGUUUGUUUGUGAGUACCAUUUGUUAUCUUGUGGGAGAAUUUUGUUGUGGCACCUUUUUGCUCAUCUGUAACUAGUUUGUUUUUUUAAUCGUGUGUGGAGUGCCUGAGCCUAUUGAUUGAAACGUGUCCACAUAGCAGGAGAUUGGUGUGGGUUUUACAAUGUUUCUGUCAUGAGCGACGACAGCCUUGCAGAGCUAUCCAGUUGUUGCUCCAUGUAGUAAGCUACCAUAGUGUACUGUCCUUGGUGUAUGCAAUCUACCAUUGUGUCAUUUACUUGGGUGAUGGACUACCUUGUAGUUAGUCUCUUUUUAUUUUCCACUUAUUCAUCUGCCAUGUAUUAAGGUACCAUGUAGAAUGAGAGUCGUGAGUCUAUUCCUUGCCUUGUCUCCACAUUCCCUGUCAUAAACUUAACAAACUAUUUGUGCUUCUUUUUUUUUUUUACCAAGAUGAAGAAAAACCAAAACCUUCCUACACAAGAUAUAUAUUUUCCACAGAUUUUUAAGUGUUAAAAUUACUACCAACUUAUGUAGAUGAUAUUCCCAGCCCUAUACUGUGGCAUGUCUUGCCAGUUCUUAAACAUAUCUUCAUUUUACGAUGCUACGUCAUACACAGACAAAAAAAAAAAAAACGCUCCACUUAUUUAUUGUUAUUCCUAUUAAUGUUAUACUUGAACUGUUGGAUUUUCCUCCUGCUGUACUUCAUCGAUUUUCUUGAAAAAGUUUCAUAUUUUCCAAAGAAUUGAAAUUAUUGAUCAGAGCAGAUAUCUUUUUUUUUUCCAGUUAUACUUUCCACAAUAUUUUGUAGCAUAAACUACAGCAACAAUGCACAACUGCCAUAAAGGCUUGUUUUAUUUUUUGUGUGGAUGAAAACAAUUUGGGUCUGGCAUAAAGAACUGGUUUUUAUCUGAUUUAAACUGCUUUUUUUGCCGCAAUUAUUAUGCAUUUUACACUUGGAUUUGUUCUUUGAAGUUCACAUUUGUGGAAACAUGCCAUUACUUAUAGAUUUCAAAGUACAAUGUAUCAAUAAAUACUGGCAUAGUCCAAGAAAA